AUGGCAACAUCCUCUUUUCCCGCCUCUUUCGUCCGCAGCGGCACCUCCAAUGGCCUGCUCAUCCACCGACACCACCUUCCCACAGACAUCAAAGACUGGCAACCCAUUCUCUCCGCAGCCGUGGGCUCUCCAGACCCUUAUGGUCGUCAGCUAGAUGGUAUCGGUUCCGGCAUCUCGUCCACAUCGAAAAUCUGCAUAGUAGCCAAGUCAGACCGGGAAGAUGUGGACUUGGACUACACGUUUGUGCAGGUUGGCAUCCGCGAUGGCGACCUGGACAUGGCGGGAAAUUGCGGGAAUAUGUCAGCUAUCGUUGCGCCGUGGGCUGCUGACGAAGGGAUGUUGCAGCAUAUUGUGCAAUAUGAAGUGGAGGGAGAGAAUGAAGGAAAGAGAGUCACCGUGAAGAUCUUCAACACGAACACUUCUAAGGUAGUACAUGUCACCUUCGACAUCUCAUCCGAUGGAGUCUACGAUCCAGUCGGCGAUUACAGCAUCGAUGGCGUGCCCGGUACGGGUUCUCGGAUUACGCUGCAGUUCCGUGAUCCGGGCGGUGCGAAGACUGGCAGAGUUUUGCCGACGGGCAAUGCGGUGGACACGCUGGUGCUUCCAGAUGGAGAGACGAUUCAAGCGAGCCUGGUGGACGUAGCCAAUCCUGGUAUCUUUGUCAGGGCGGAGGAUGUCGGUGUACCUGGAGACAUCAAGCCUGCUAUGCUCGAGGAAAGAGUCGAUGUCAUGGAGAGACUGGAGCUCAUUCGGCGGGAAGGGACACGAAUGAUGGGACUGGAUCCGGAUGUGCAGAGUGUGCCGAAGGUUGUGCUUGUGUCGAAGCCGACUCCUGAUGCCGUUGCGGACGGGACGCAUAUCGUGUGUCGAGCGUUGAGUAUGCAGCAGCCGCAUAAAGCUGUGCCGUUGACGCUGGCACUGAACCUGGGCGCCGCGUGCAGGAUACCAGGAACGAUCCCAGCGAUGACCGCCGUCAACUCUGAAGGCAAAGAAUCUAUCGUCGUAGCCCACGCCAGCGGCAAGGUGGAAGUCGGAAGCGUAUUCGAAAACGGCAAGAUUAUUAGUGCUCUACUCCAUCGAACCGCAAGAAUCAUGAUGAAAGGCGACGUCUUCUACCAGACCAAAACAUGA